AUGCGUUACCUGAACAGGCCACGGACACUGUGGAUUGAUGCCAUCUGCAUGAACCAAAAAGAUGAGGACGAGAAGGGCAGGCAGAUUAUCCGAAUGGCAACCUUGUACCAACUAGCAGAACGGGUUGUCAUCUGGCUUGGUCCCGCUGCUCCUCCUGGUGAGCACGGAUUAUCCUCAAGCACUCUGGCACUCUCACGGCUCGAACACGUUGGCAAGCAGGUCGAGCUCAGUCGUGCAACCGAGGUUCUCCUGGCAAACCCGGCGUCCGCUGUCGUGGUAUGUGGCCAUGACCAGAUUCUCCUCUACCACCUCAUCCGUGCCAUUGUAUGCCUGCUCACCAAGGAGUUCCUGCCACUCACAUUCCGUCGCUUGCUCGAGUCGAUCCGCAUCCUUGCGUGGCGACACACCGACUUUUCCGUGCCAUUCGUCCUCAAUCUGUUGCGUGAGCGACAGUGCUUCCUGGGACACGACCCAGUUUACGGUGCUCUAGGCUUGCCCCCUAUCCAGUUCAACACAUUGCUCCCUCAGCCAGACUACCACCUCCCCAUCGCCCAGGUCUACCAGGACGCGUUUCUCGCCUGUACACAGAUGGAGGAACGCCUCACUCUCCUGAUGCACUGCGAGCUCAAGCCACCAAGGCACCGUCUUAGGAGCGCCACCACCAGCAGGCCACCGGGACUGCCAUCGUGGGUACCGGACUGCUCCACGCCGCGAUCUACGCACCCGAUAUCGGCAUUUAUCUCGGCGAGCGGCAUUUCACGGGCCUGGUGGCGGCAUAUUCCAAGCGCCGGAACCACAAGUCACGCCGGGGAUGGCAGGCCUUCUUCGUCGUCGUCACCAGACGUUCUCGCCGUUAGCGGGCGCCAUUUCGCAGUGCUAGCUACGGUCAGCGCGCCAGUGCCUGCGGAUGAUCCGACGGCCGCACUCAAGAUGAUGCGCCUGUGGGACCCUCCGAAUGCUUUCGAUGAGGGUGGCAGUGGCGUCACUGGGAGCAGCGGUAGCACCCUGGAACGAGCGCGCGAUACGUACCUCGAGACCUUGCGCGUUGGAUACCUGCACGAGAGAUGGCCGCAGCCCCAAGCCGAGACACUCGACGAAUGGCGGGCGACGUACCUCCGGGUGGUUUACCGCGGUAGCGGUAAAGGGGCUCGAGCAAACCCGAGCAACCACGAAGAUGACGACGAAGAUGACGACGACGAUGAAGCAAUCCUGCAUGGCGAGCUGUACUGGGCAAUCAAGCUCAUUCAGGGCAGGAGUCUUGUCACCACCACGGACGGAGCAAUUGGUCUCGCUCCAGGUUGGGCUAAGCCGGGCGACAUGGCAUGCUCAAUACUGGGCUGCAAAUCCGCCAUUCUUCUCCGCGCAGUACCGCCGACGCUGCCCCCGUCUCAACAAUCGUCUGCCUUGCGGACCGUCGCAGCCACAUCGUCAUUGGCCACGUGCCAAGUCGUCGGCGAGUGCUACAUCUACGGCAUGGACGACUCCAUCGGACUUCUGGGUCCUUUACCGGCAGGCUACACGGUUCAGGUAGUCAAGGGCGACAAGGGAUUUGCGCAGUCGCGCUUCCAGUAUCGACUUCCAUCACCGCCUUGCACGCCACCUCACUCUCCGACGACGACAUCUCGACGUCAAUCUCAUGAUGGGAGUGAUAGUGACGGUCAGCAGCAUACCACAAUCGAGAGCAGGAGGGAACAGAAGACGAGCAGCAGUCUCGAAGACCCACGCAUGGGACCCGUGCCCUGUCCUUGGAGCCGGGCGACUGCUGCGGAAGACGCAAGGCCCACGGGCAGCCCGGCGCUUUGGGAGCCAUGGCGCAACUCGGUCACGGGAGAGUUAAUGGGUUCCGACCCGCGGCUGUCCCCAGAGAGCCUGCGCGAAAGGGGUGUUGGUGUUGAAGAAUUCUACCUGGUGUGA